AUGUUCCUGUCGUCGGUGGUUGGGCUUUUGUUGGAAGCCCUCGUCUUCUGUCUCUAUGGAAUUGCACCCUUUGUUGCGAAUCGUGCAAGCAUCUUCGAGCGCGACUGGACAAAUGCACUGGAUUUCAGGCAAAGCAUUGCAUGUGUCAUCUGGCUGGCUGGGCUCCGUGCCCUCCUCUUUGCCUACGUCAUUUGCGUGACCAAGAGUUCAUUGUACAAGACAACGCGGUGCUUUGUCUUUUUGAUCGUAUGCAGCCAACUUUGCGUCCUCACGGUGCUGAGUUUGAUUGUGUACAUCUUCCAGAAUGACACAGAUGCGUUCUCGAUGUAUCGGUCCGACGCGUGGAUGAAAGGGUACUGGUGGAGUGUCAUGUUGGCGUCCAUGGUGGCAACUACCUUCCAAGCGCUUUGUGUCAUUUGCCGCAACCGCGAGCGCGAAAUCCCUGGUAACAACGAGGAAGAGCACAUCGAGCAACUGCUUCAAGAGAAAAAAGGCAUCUAUGGACCCGACGCCAACUCCAUCGCCAUUGACGAUGCGCUCUUUUCCACCAAGAAGAUGAAGCUUGAGCGGUGGCGUGACAAGUGGGAGAAGCUUGUGUCUUCGUUUCGUAGCACGACCGACCCGACCUUCAAUGCCGUGUUGCGGAUUUACGCGCACAAGGACGACGCCGCCAUGCGUCUGGAGCACUUGUACGACGCUGACCCAAAAGAAUUCGAGUUUUACAUCCCGCAGCUUUGCAGCUUCUUGCUCCUUGGCGCUUUCCAACAAAGUUCCGAGGGCAAGCUCAGCUUGAUCUUGCUCCGCGUUUGCAAAGAGUCGCAUGUGUUUGCCCAAAAGAUGCGAUGGUACUUGGAGUCGUACUGCGUUGGGAGCCCGGCGUACUCGUCCGAGGAAAGCCGGAUGCGGGUGCAGAUGCUGAUCGAUGAGAUUUCGGUCCGCGGACUUGACCCUUCCAAGAAGCUGUUGACGCAUCAAGCGAUGGGCGAAAAAUCGUCGAUUGUAGUGCCCGACAUUCUCGCGGCGCCCGAAUCGGAAAUCCUCCUCAAGGAGUCCGAAUCGUCGUCUCACUAUCAAACGUUUCAACCGAUCCACGAAAUCGGGGCCGUGAACCCGUUUACGUGGAACCACAGGUUCGUGUCGGAGCUGGUCGAGCUGUCGUCGGCUCUGCGCGUGAUUCCCCGUGACGAACGCAACAUGCACCUGCGCCAGGUGCUCACAGACAUCCACACGACGUUUCUCCCGAGUUUGUCGCUUUUUGUUCCCGUGGGGAAUCCAUUCCACCGUAUCAAGAAGAUUCACGUGAACGAGUGCUUUACAUUCUCGACGAGGGAACGCGUGCCGUACUUGCUGUGUCUCGAGGUCGUCGACUUCUUCACUUACGAAAAGAAACCGAUGGAUCGCUUUGCGCAGCUCAAGAACAGGUUCCGGCUGUCCAUGGCGGGUAAGGCCGACUCGAGCAAACCGUCGACACCGAUCGUUCGCCCUGGCGACUUGGAAGUCGGUACCACGCCAGUUCGACACUUGAACGAUCCGGACAACUUGGGCUUUUGGAGCGAGCCCAAAGCCCAAGAGACAACGCUUCUCGAUGGACUCCUGGGAUCGCUCAAGCCGAAAGCACUCACGCCGUUGAGUGGCCUGUCGCAAUCGUCGCGUGGACUGAGCUCGAAGGAAGAGUCGUUGUUGCAUGGAGCCCACCAAGCUCAACACCCUGUGUCACCUCCUCUAGUUGGCGCGUCCAGUUAUGAUUAUCCCUAUCCUGCCCAUCUGUCCCCGAAGAGCCUGCGCCCCCUGCCGAUCCACAUCCCGCCGCACGACCACGAGCAUGUCGUGUCCCCCACUGCGUUGGACGGGACAUUCUCGCCGUCCGAUGCCCGUCUCCGUCGCGCGGACAGUACCGAUGAAUUUCUUGCGUCAUCACGCUUUGUCGAUGACGCUGAUACGAACGGAGGAUAUCUCCACCAUGCUGCCACGCCUGCCUCGAGCUCAGACUUGCCGUGCGUGAUCUUCAAAGAACGAUGGGCCGACAAGGAAGACCGUUUGCGUGCGUCGAGUCCGUGGGGCCACCUCCCGUCGUGGCGUCUCUUGCCUGUCAUCGUCAAGAGCAAUGACGAUCUGCGGCAAGAGCAAUUUGCGUCGCAGUUGAUUCGCCAAUUCGCCAAUGUGUUUUCUGACGCCAAGUUGCCUGUGUUUUUACGCCCGUACGACGUCCUGGCGACGUCCCCGAUAGCUGGACUUGUCGAAGCUAUUGCGGAUACGAUAUCUCUCGACUCGCUCAAGAAGAACGACCCAGAGUUCGUGUCGCUGCAAGACUUUUACUCGCGCCGGUUCGGGGACCCGUCCUCGUCGACGGGGCUGGCAGCGCAGAAGGCGUUUGUCGAGUCCAUGGCAGCGUAUUCAAUUGUGUGCUACUUGCUUCAGAUCAAGGACCGACAUAACGGCAACAUUCUCGUCGAUGCAGACGGCCACGUGAUCCACAUUGAUUUUGGCUUCAUGUUGAGCAACUCGCCGGGCAACGCUGCGUUCGAAUCGGCACCGUUCAAGCUCACGACGGACUUUGUCGACGUCAUGGGUGGUCCGCGGUCGGCUGCGUUCCGUCGGUUCCGUUCGCUCUGUGUCCGAUCGUUCCUGGUUGCCCGCAAGUACCGCUACCGCAUCACGCUGUUGGUGGAAAUGAUGGUAGCCGGCAACGAAGACCUGCCGUGCUUCCAAGGAGAUCCACGCGGGACGGUCGACCGGCUGGCCGACCGCUUCCGACCCGAUUUGUCGGUGCACGAGUGCGAAGACUUUGUCCACCAACUUAUCGACGCGUCCCUCGACAACUGGCGAACACGGUGGUACGACAAGUACCAGCGCUGGUUCGUCGGCGUGUUUUAG